GAACAAUACGACGCCAUCUGGCGGAAAGAUUGCGAUUCCCUCAGUGCGCGGGGCUCGUUACCGCCGCUCGUACGUAUGCGUGGAAGAAUAUAUUGAAGAAUUUUAAUAUAAGGGCUAGACGUUGUAAUAAUACAGAUGGUUCAUUCACACGAAAACUGCAGGCGUAGGCCCGAGUGAUGUUACGCACUUGCAAUAUUACAUCGAAAACCUGCCACCAUUCUUGAGCCAAGAUUCCAUUUCGUUCGCACUCUCACUUUGCGAGUAGUCGCGCGUACACGUGCGAGACUCGUUAUGCAACAAACAUAAACAAAUGCAGUGAAAACGUCUUGGCAAUUGUCACGGCAAGUGUUAAUUAACUAAGUUGGUGUAAGUGCUUGUGAAAAUGACAUCGCGGUCGAAGGAAAAGGUAGCGGCGGCGUUCAGGAAAUUGUUCCGAAGCUCUGAGAAGAGGGAUAAUGAUGGCGCUGGACCGAGCGGUUCGCCUGCUAGAAGGGGCUUGUUCAGGCGACACAGAGACGGAGUAACACCGGCCGAAACAACUGCAAGUUUACCAGCCAGUCCAACAGGCAAUUCGCUCUCUAGGAAAAAGGCUGGAGCUGCAACUGAUGUAAGAGAAAGAGCAGCCGCGGUGCGCACGCGCCGACUUAUGAAGGAGCUUAAGGAAAUUCAGCGAUCACAUGAAAACCGGUCCGAUCCAGUGUUCACGGUUGAGCUGGUGAAUGAUAAUCUAUUCGAGUGGCACGUACGCCUGCACCAGAUCGAUCCCGAGAGCGAUUUGGCGGCGGAUCUUCGGGAGUUGAACAUUUCCAAUAUUCUCCUGCAUCUCGUUUUCCCAGAGAAUUUUCCGUUCGCCCCGCCAUUUAUGAGAGUCAUCGAGCCCCGAAUAGAGAAGGGAUUUGUUAUGGAAGGUGGAGCAAUAUGCAUGGAACUAUUGACGCCCCGUGGCUGGGCAUCAGCCUACACAGUGGAGGCAAUCGUGAUGCAAUUCGCUGCUUCAGUAGUGAAGGGACAAGGGCGGGUUGCGCGUGCGCCGCCUCGCUCUUCUAGAGAGUUCUCAAAGAGACGAGCAGAAGAGGCGUUCCGAUCACUCGUCAAGACACACGAUAAAUACGGCUGGGUUACGCCUUCAUUGUCAGAUGGUUGAAGAAGUAUGUUUCAGGUAUUAACAAUGAACAGAGAAGAAAGGAUCUCUUGUAGAUAAUUAAUUUUAGAACUUAAUUUAUAGUGAACAUUUUUUAACUCUUAUUAACAGUAUGGUGAACAUAAACAUUCCUGUACUUAUUUUUCAUGUUUUUGCAUGUGGUAAAAUUCAUUCCAAUUAUGUGUCAAGUCUAGAAUAAAUGUUUUAUUGACCAUUGCGGUGAACAUGUGCCAAAAUGUAUUAAAUGCUCAACGCUUAGAAAAAUGUGUGCUUCUUUUUAACCAUCUAAUUCUAUUCUAAUAAUUCAUUCUAUACUUCAGAUAAGCACAAAAUUCAUUCUAUAUUAUUUGAAAAAAAUUAUUAUAUAAUAUUUCCGUCCCAAAGUCAUUUAAAUUUUAUAUUGUAUAACUAUGUAUUCAAUUAUUCACACUUAAGCUUUCAGACUUUAGUUUAAGAAAAUUUUAUUCCAAAUGAAAUUUAGUGCUCAAAUUAGACAUCUUAUAAUUAGAAAUUGUGGCUUGUGGCAAUAUUUUGAUGUGUAGAUAUAAGUAUUAUAAUAUGUAAGAUUGAUGUUGUUUACUCUGUGAACCAAAGAUUUAUUUUUAUGUAAAAUUCAGUGCAAGUUGUGUACUUUAAAUGUUAUCGAUGUAAUAAAGUACUUGCUCAAA